UUCUCCAAAAACAAAGAUAAUGAAAAACUGACUUGUUUUCUCUUUUGUUAGUAUUUCUAGUAUCCCUGGUAGCCAUUUUAGGACCAGAUUACGUUGCUGCUUCCAAAAAAUCCUUGGCUAAUUUUGCCAUGGCUCGCUCCAUUGGAGAGCCCGGUGAAAAUAGUGGCCAAUACAUUGUCUACUCCCAGAAUGACAUGUAUCAGAAAAAGGACAAACCCAAGGAACCACAAAUCACCGAAGACGAUUUCGAAGAAGAACCCGAGGAAAAGGAAAACGAUAACCGCAAGAUGCCCGAUUACUUAUAUCCCAGCGUCAUACCCAUGGCAACGGAUAAUAAUGUCAAAAUUGUUAUACCCCAAAUGAUUUAUGGCCUGGAGAAUCGUGGCGGUUAUCACCAGGAUAAGAAAAUGUCCAAUAACUAUUAUAAUCCUCAACGCCUUUCUUUGCCAAAUUCCAAUCUGCAGUUUGGUCUGAACCUAAAUGGUAAUGCGGGAUUUGGUAAGGUGCCAUCUUCACACAUGGAAAAGGAGGAGGGACAACAGAUGAUGCCACAAACAGCCAUAUUACCUAUUGUAAUUGCUGGACAACCCGGACCGCCCGGACCUCCGGGUCCUCCAGGCCCGGCAGGACCUCCCGGCCCUAUGGGCAGACCAGGUCCCAUGGGUAGACAAGGACAUCAGGGUCCCCCGGGCCCACCUGGACCCCAAGGACCUCCCGCACAAAAUGGUAAUUCAUAUGCCACCUUGGGACAAACCACCGGUCUAUGGUACACCAAUGGAAAACCUCUAAUAACCAUACCACAGAACAGUUACAACAAUGAGGAAUAAAU